CUCACUCAAGUCUAACCAGUCCAGGCAACAGCUUCUGAAAACCCUAAGCCCCCCCAAAAUAAAAUCCCUCAAAGAGUCGAAUCCAAAGAACAGAGAAAAGGAAUUCAAAGUUUGAAUAAGAUGCCGAACCUUGAAUGUCGUAUGUACGAAGCAAAGUACCCUGAGGUGGACAUGGCGGUGAUGAUACAAGUGAAGAACAUCGCCGACAUGGGUGCCUACGUUUCGCUCCUUGAAUACAACAACAUCGAAGGCAUGAUCUUGUUCUCGGAGCUCUCCCGCCGCCGUAUUCGUAGCGUCAGCAGUCUGAUCAAGGUGGGCCGAACCGAGCCUGUGAUGGUCCUUCGUGUCGAUAAGGAAAAGGGUUACAUUGAUUUGAGUAAGAGGAGAGUUAGCGAGGAAGAUAUUCAGGCUUGUGAAGAAAGGUAUAAUAAGAGUAAGCUUGUUCACUCCAUUAUGCGACAUGUGGCGGAGACUUUGGGUAUCGAUUUGGAGGAGCUGUACAUUAAAAUUGGUUGGCCUCUAUACCGGAAAUAUGGCCAUGCUUUUGAGGCAUUCAAAAUAAUUGUGACUGAUCCUGAUUCAGUCUUGAACACCCUCACCUGCGAAGUCAAGAAGUCUGGCCCAGAUGGACAGGAGGUAACUGAAGUGGUUCCUGCCGUUACUGAGGAAGUCAAAGAUGCUUUGGUAAAAAACAUUAGGAGAAGAAUGACUCCACAACCUUUGAAGAUUCGGGCUGACAUUGAAAUGAAAUGUUUCCAGUUUGAUGGUGUUCUUCACAUUAAGGAGGCCAUGCGCAAAGCUGAGGCUGCUGGGAAUGAUGAUUGCCCUGUUAAAAUCAAGCUUGUUGCUCCUCCACUUUAUGUUCUUACCACUCAAACCCUUGACAAGGAGCAAGGUAUAGCUAUUCUCAAUAAAGCAAUUACAGCUUGCACCGAAGCAAUAGAGUAUCACAAGGGAAAACUUGUUGUCAAGGAACAGCCUAGAGCAGUGAGCGAACGAGAUGAUAAAUUGCUUGCUGAGCACAUGGCUAAAUUGCGUAAUGACAACGAAGAGGUAAGUGGUGACGAAGAUAGUGAAGAAGAGGAAGACACAGGCAUGGGAGAAGUUGAUGUUGAAAAUGCAGGUCACGGGAUAAUGGAAUGACGCUACUGCAUUUAUGAACAUGAUGGUCACCAAUUCUUUUUUACAACUUGAUUUUCUUUUUGCCCCAUUUCCCAGGCAGUUCAAAACCUAAAAAGUGUUGUUAUUUUGACUUGUUUUUUUUCUAAUAUUCGAUUUAAUGGAGAGUAUACAGAUGUAUUGGCCUAUUCAAAAUCUUGGAAGGUGGUCUUGUUCAA